CCCGGAACGCUCACAUCCAACCUCAAGUUGGUCAUCGAACCGUUGCCAAUCGAAACCCACCACUCCCCCCAAUCUCCCCUCCACCGUCUACGACGUCGCCAAAGAUGGCCUCCAAGGCAAUUGCGAAGGCUGCGGCAGGCGGUCUCGUGGAGAUCUCCCAGAAGCAUACCCUCCAGUCCACAGGCAUCUGGGAACGCAUCCGCCGCACCCUGGCCAUCGACCCCAACCGCUCCUCCGGCGUCCCCUUGAACCCGACCUUCCGCAACCCGACACCGGGCGCCAACGACCCCUUGGCCUACGACGACCCCGUCACCGUCCCCGCGGGCGACAUCGCCGACAACCCGUACUGGAAGCGCGACGCCCGCCGCAACUACCCGGCCAUCAGCGUCGUCAACCAGGCCGACGUCGUGGGCCUGCUGGCCGUCGGCUCCGCCGCCAACCCGCGCGUCGAGCUUAUCGGCGAGGCGGGCGAGAAGGCGCUCGUCGCGGCCAAGGAGGAAGGAAAGGCUACUGGUAUCGCGGCGUACCUUGAGAAGAAUGCGGCCCAGGGGGCUGUGGAGGCGAGCAAGGAGGCGCUGUUCACGAAUGGGCUGCCGCCGACGCCGAGUGGUGAGGAUUUGAAGAGUGGAAAGUGGGAUGUGCACAAGUACAAGGUCAAUGAGGACCAGUCCUACGGCGAAGGCUACACUUGCCGGACUUUUGCGUGAGCAUUUGGAAAUCGCGGGUUUCGCUGUACAGGAGAGAGAGGAGGGACACUUGUAAAUAUGAAGGGCACUAGAUUCCAUUGAAACGUUUUAUUCCAUUUC